ACAAACUCCAACCUUUCCACCCUCAAACCCACCCACAACCCUCAGAAUGCAACUCCUCGCCUACCUCCCCCUCGUCCUCAGCCUGAGCACCCCCGCCCUCUCAGCCUGGGGCAUCAAGGCCUGGCACAGCGACAACUGCAGCGGCUCGCUGCUGACGCACAUCGAGAACUCGCCCAAGACGGGGUGCUUCAACUUCGACAAGAAAGAGGGGUAUGGGAUCCGCUCGAUCAAUGGCAACUUCAACACCAAGGACUACCACAUCACGAUCUACCCCAAAGAGAACUGCAAGGGGACGGCGGCGUGGUCCGGCCAGCAGAUCAGUCCUCACAAGUGCGAGGUGUUCAAGGAGUGGAACUCAAAGGUCGUCAUGUACUCGUACAAGGUCACUGCGGCUUAGGCCUAUGUCGGGAGAAUUGGAUGUGAUACCGGGACGUUGAUGCGUCUUUGGCUUCGCUAUAUGUGCUGUAUAUGUAGCGUUGGAAAGUCUUUCUGCUGCUGUCUGUUCAUAGUAUCUAUAUCUUGGAC